AUGUCUCACUCCACCCAGAACGAAGUCCUCGACGUCGCCAUCGUCGGCGGCGGGAUCGUCGGCGCCGCGCUGGCCAUCGGCCUCCUGGCCCGCGACAUCAACGUCACCAUCUACGAGCGCAGCAACGCCUUCAGCGAGGUGGGUGCGGGCAUCGGCUUCACCCCCAACGCCGAGUCGGCCAUGAAGGUGCUCGACCCGGCCAUCCACGCCGCCUUCAAGAAGGUCGCCGUCCAGAACACCACCGACUGGUUCACCUGGUCCAACUCGGGCAACCGCGAGGAGGGCGACCUGGACGAGCCCAUCUACAAGAUGUACGUGGGCGAGCGCGGCUUCGAGGGGUGCCACCGCGCUGAGUUCCUCAACGAGAUGCUCAACCUCAUCCCCGAGAACCGGGUCAAGUUCCGGAAGAGCCUGGUCGCGGUGGAGGACCGCGGCGACGACAAGAAGCUGCUGAUGCGGUUUCAGGAUGGGACUACUGCGCAGGCGGAUCUUGUCGUCGGUUGCGAUGGAAUCCACUCUAAGGUCCGCCGCCUCGUGCUGGGCGACAACCACCCGGCCGCCCACGCCGGCUACACGCACAAGUACGCCUUCCGGGGUCUAGUGCCGAUGGAGAAGGCGCUGCCGCUGCUGGGCCACGAGCGGGCCUACAACCGUCACAUGUACAUGGGGCCCGGGGCGCACAUGCUGACCUUCCCCGUGGCCAGCGGGCUGCUGCUGAACGUGGUGGCGUUCGUGCACGACGAGGGGGAGUGGACGGAGGAGAAGCUGACGGCGAUGGCGACGAAGCAGGAGGCGGUGAAGGCGUUCGAGCACUUCACCCCGUUCACGCGGGGGAUCAUCGACCUGCUGCCGGAGACGCUGCACCGCUGGGCCAUCUUCGACAUGGCGGCCAACCCGGCGCCGACCUAUGUGAACGGGCGGGUGUGCCUGGCGGGCGACGCCGCCCACGCGUCGGCGCCGCACCACGGGGCCGGGGCGGGCAUGGGCAUCGAGGACGCCGCCGCCCUGGUCGAACUGCUGCAGGCGGUGCACUCGCAGGCGGCCCGCGCGGCCUGCCCGCACCGCCUGCCGGAGCUGCUCUCCGCCGCCCUGGCCACCUACGACCACAUCCGCCUCGAGCGCACCCAGUGGCUCAUGCAGUCUUCCCGCUUCGUCGGCGAGAUGUACGAGUGGCAGCACUCGCGCGACCCCGCCCACAUCUGCCACGAGAUCGACUCGCGCUCCCGCCACAUCUGGAGCUACAACAUCGACGAGAUGAUCCGCCAGACCCGCCAGGACUUCACCCGCCGCCUCUGGGCCCUGCACGCCCCCGUCGCCGACACCAACGCCCAGAUCACGUUCCAGACGGGCUUCCUGCAACAGACCCCCCUCGUCGACCGCAUGCUGUGUACCACCUUGACGGUGUGACUCCACCUUCACCUUGUGGUGGACUGUGUUUAUGACUGGGCCCGG